CCAUGGAGGGGCUCCCGGCAGCCGCCGUCGGGGGCGUGUUGGACCCGCCGCGUCCGAGCCCCUUCAGUCAGCUGGUCUACACCAGCAACGACUCUUAUGCGAUCCACCAUGGGGAUCUCAAGAAGAUCCACAAAGCUGCCUGGCAAGGCCAAGACCGGAAGCUGCAGAAGAUGAUGAAGAAGAAGAAGACAAUGGACCUGAACAUAAGAGACGCGAAGAAGAGGACUGCUCUCCACUUGGCCUGUGCCUACGGCCAUGAGAAAGUAGUAACAUUACUGGUAGACAUGAAGUGCUUGCUUGACAUCUGUGACGGCGAAAACAGGACACCUCUGAUGAAGGCUCUACAAUGCCGGAGGGAAGCUUGUGCAAACAUUCUGAUAGAUUCUGGUGCUGAUCCAACUAUCGUAGAUGUGUAUGGCAACACGGCGCUCCACUAUGCAGUUUACAGUGAGAGUUUGUCAGUCGUGGCAAAACUGCUGUCCCAUGGUGCAGACAUUGAAGUGAAAAACAAGGCUGGCCUCACACCACUUUUACUGGCCAUAACAAAAAGAAGCGAGCAAAUUGUGGAAUUUUUACUGACAAAAAAUGCAAAUGCAAAUGCAGUUAAUAACGUUACAUGCACAGCCCUCAUGCUUGCAGUAUGUCAUGGGUCAUCAGAGAUAGUCGGCAGGUUUCUUCAGCAAAAUGUUGACAUCUAUGCUGAAGAUAUGCUUGGAAUGACUGCAGAACGUUACGCUGUCGCUUGUGGAUUUGAUAACAUUCAUCAACAACUUUUGGAAUAUAUGCAAAAGAUAUCUAAAAAUCCUCAAAAUAGCAAUCCAGAAGGAACACCUGACAAGGCUGCACCCUUGGCAGAGAAAACGCCUGAUGAGGCUACACCUGUGAUGGAGAGAAGGCCUGAGGAGGCUGAACGUUUGGUGGAGGGAAGGCCUCAUGAGACUGAAUGCUCGGCUGAAAGAAUGCCUGAGGAGGCUGCACCCUUGGUGGAAGUUAUGCCUGAGGAGGCUGCACCCUUGGUGAAAAUGCCUGACAAGGCUUCACCCAUGGUGGAAAGAACGUCUGAGGAGGCUGAAAGCUUGGGGGAGGAAACCACUGAUGAGGCUGCAGGACUGAUGGAAAGAAAGCCUGAGGAGGCUGCACCCUUGGUGGAAAAAGUGCCUGAGGAGGCUGCACCCUUGGUGGAAGUAAUGCCUAAGGAGGCUGCACCCUUGGUGGAAGUAAUGCCUGAGGAGGCUGCACCCUUGGUGGAAGUAAUGCCUGAGGAGGCUGCACCCUUGGUGGAAGUAAUGCCUGAGGAGGCUGCACCCUUGGUGAAAAUGCCUGACAAGGCUGCACCCAUGGUGGAAAGAACGUCUGAGGAGGCUGAAAGCUUGGGGGAGGAAACCACUGAUGAGGCUGCAGGACUGACGGAAAGAAAGCCUGAGGAGGCUGCACCCUUGGUGGAAAAAGUGCCUGAGGAGCCUGAAUGCUGGGAAGGAAGAAGGCCUGAUGAGUCUGAAAGCAUGGAGGGAAGAACGCUUGAGGAGGCUGAAAGCCAGGCGGAGGGAUCGCCUGACUGUGACUAG